AAACUAGGUAUCCAAUCUGUCAAUUGAUAAAAUGCUCGCGUUCAGAGUUCAGUUGGUCUCGUUCAAGAUGCUCUGUCGAGGGAUUUUCCUGUUUUACUUGAUCACCGAGACCAUUGCCUCCUGUGCCCCACCGCAGAGUUAUAAAAGGAUCGUGAUUGUUGGUAGCGGAGCUUCUGGUAUCGCAGCAGCCACCAAAUUAAUGUUAAACGGUUUUCAUAAUGUUCAAAUCCUAGAAGCUGAAAACAGAAUCGGUGGACGUGUGAAUACAGUAAAAUUCGAUGAUUACUUGGUCGAUUUAGGGGCGCAAUGGAUCCACGGAGAAAAGGGAAACGUCGUGUACGAAAUCGUAGCUAAUAUGAACCUGACCGAUCAUUCGGAUCCGUACAAAGAAGAAGUAUUCACAUCCUCGGGUGAAUUAAUUGAUUCUACAAUGAUGAAGAACCUUACAGAUAUUUACAUUGAACUUAUAGACGACAUAAUAAAUGUAACGGUCGCUUGCCAACGUUCUGUCGGCGAGUGUUUCGAAGCCAAGUUGAAAGAACAUUUCGCGGUAUUUCCGGAAUUAAAUGAAACGAUGCAGGAACAAUUAUUAUGGAAUUUCAAUAUGAUGCAGACGAGUUUAGAUCCAGCCGACUCGUGGUACGAUAUUGCGGCACAAGAAUACGGGGAAUAUCAAACCUGCGAUGGGGACCAGACAGUAAAUUGGAAAGAACGAGGAUACAGUACAAUUUUGGAUAUACUGAUGCAAAAAAUACCAGACCCGGUUAACGAAUUACCGGUGAUGAAUAAAACUGUCUUGAACGCAGAGGUGACAAAAAUUGAUUACUCGGGCGAAGAUGGUAAAGCGAAGAUAACGACACACGAUGGAAGAGAAUUCAUAGCCGAUCAUGUUAUCGUCACGGUUUCCUUGGGGGUACUUAAAGAGCAGCAUGAAACUCUAUUCAAUCCUCCAUUACCAGAAUACAAAGUUAACAGUAUCAAGGGUUUGGGGUACGGAUACGCUUGUAAAAUAUUCUUAGCGUUUAAUGACACUUGGUUCAAUCCUGAGAACAUGAAAAAUGGCGGUUACAGAAUACUAUGGAGUAAAGAAGAGAGGGAGGAACUUGACAGGGAUCCUAAAAGAAGGUGGAUGGCUUACGCGUUGGGAUUUUGGGUCGUGGAACACAAGCCUCGCUUACUCUACGUGUGGGUUUCCGGAAAGGGUGGGCGUUUGAUGGAUAAGGUCACAGACGAUGAAGUAUACGAUCAAUGCGUAGAAUUGUUGAACAAAUUUUUGUCGAAGCAUUUUAACGUUAGUAAACCGAUAGGGAUGAUAAGGAGUAAAUGGUACCAAAAACAUUUUCGCGGGACGUAUAGUUACCGUAGCUUGGAAACGGUAAGAACGAAUUCGAGUGCUAAACAAUUGUCUGAACCAAUUUUAAAAAUGGAAAAAACCGUGAUUUUAUUCGGUGGGGAAGCUACCAACAAUCAUCAAUUUUCCACGGUGCAUGGUGCAGUUGCUACCGGGUGGAGAGAAGCCGAAAGACUGAUAGAUUUCUAUGAAAAACAAUUGCCCGAAUGUGACGAUGUCCAUUUUGGAUUUAAACUACUAUAAAUGAAAAUUACUAUAAAAAAGAAAAAAUAGAUUUUCAGGUUUCAGUCAUCUGUAUUUACAGAUCUAGUAAACACAUUAUGUAAUUAUUAAAUGUAAGAAUUUUUCGUUUAUUUCCAUUCGAUUAAAGAUGUGCGUAUGUACUUGUAUAUAUAUAUACAUAUGUACAGGAAAUGUGUGUAAAUACAUACAUACUUGAAAAUUA